AUGUGGGUCGAUCGUGAUUAUCCCGUCCCCAAGGUUCAGUCUAUUCAAAUUCCCCACAUCGGUGAUAUCCCCAUUGCAAAGGGCGAGUUUCAAGACCUUCCGCAGGACGUUCAGCGUUUUGUUGGCAAAUGGGUAUGAUCUGAGUUCGUAUUUAUCACUGAUAAAGAUAGAGAUUUGCAAUCCACGGGGCGUUUUUAUCUGCGAUGGGGGCCGAGCAGAAGCUGAACUCAUUACCCAGAAGCUUUUAGAAAGGGGAACUUUAUCCCGCCUCACAGCAUAUGAAAAUAAUUACAUCUGCCGCACCGAUCCCAGGGAUGUUGCCCGAGUUGAGUCUAAGACGUUUAUCUGUACCGAUGAAAAAUACAAUACUGUCCCGCACGUGCAUGAGGGUGUCAAAGGGACUCUGGGUCAAUGGAUCUCCCCGGAGGAUAUGGAGGCGCGCAGCCAGGAGCGUUUCCCCGGCUGCAUGGCUGGUCGAAUGAUGUAUGUCAUCCCGUAUAGCAUGGGUCCCAUCGGCUCUCCCCUAUCAAAGUACGGCGUUCAGCUCACGGAUAGUAAUUACGUCGUCCUGUGCAUGCGUAUCAUGACUCGCGUGUCUCUGCAAGUUUUCAAGCUUAUAGAAGAGCAGAAAGGAUUUGUGCGUUGCGUCCACUCCGUUGGAUUGCCGCGACCUCAUACAGGUACAUGUUCAUUAUUAACCAUGUAAUUUAAAAAUUAGAGAGAGUGAUAAACCACUGGCCAUGCAAUCCCGAGAAGACCAUGAUUGCUCACAUUCCUAACCAACGUCUCAUCCUCAGUUUUGGAAGUGGAUACGGUGGAAACUCCCUUCUCGGAAAGAAAUGCUUUGCACUUCGCAUUGCCAGCUGUAUCGCCUAUGAUGAGGGAUGGUUAGCUGAGCACAUGUUAGUCAUGUCUGUCACCAAUCCUAUGCACGAAGAAAAGUUUCUUUGUGCUGCCUUCCCUAGUGCCUGUGGUAAGACUAACAUGGCUAUGUUAAAACCGUCGCUGCCUGGAUGGAAGAUUCAAUGCGUUGGUGACGAUAUUGCAUGGAUGCGCUUUGAUGACGAGGUAUGUUUUUUGGCCUUCUCUCAACCUCACUCUAAAAGGGUGUCCUUAGGGCCAUAAACCCAGAGUAUGGUUUCUUUGGCGUCGCACCGGGCACUAAUCACAAGACCAACCCUAAUGCCAUGGCGUCAUGCAUGAAGAACUCUAUUUUCACAAACGUCGCGGAGACUGACGACGGUCGUUUCUUCUGGGAAGGUCUUGAAGAGGAAUAUGGACCGAAUGUGAAAAUAACCACGUGGCUCGGUGAAAAGACAACAGUGGGCGCAACUACCCAGACGCCCAAGGCCCACGCUAAUUCCCGAUUCUGCUGCCCGGCAUCUCAGUGCCCGAUUAUUCAUCCGCUUUGGGAAGACCCCAAGGGCGUACCCGUCUCGGCCCUCAUGUUUGGCGGUCGCCGUCCUGAGGGCAUUCCUCUCGUUUACCAGGCCUACAGCUGGGCGCACGGUGUUAUGAUCGGUGCGCAAGUAAAAUCAGAGGCCACUGCUGCAGCCGAAUUCAAGGGUAAGCACUAGCAUGUCUCGUUUAUUCGCAACAUGUAAGCGUCAGCAGGUACUUCCUAUAAUGGCGUUUCCUCGGAAGUUAUAUGCUUGCAUGAAGUUUAUACCUCAUUUCAGGUCGCGAAGUCAUGCAUGAUCCAAUGGCCAUGCGGCCGUUCAUGGGUUACAAUUUUGGCAAGUACCUCGACCACUGGCUCUCGAUGGAGAAACCCGGUCGCAAGAUGCCCAAAAUCUUCCACGUUAACUGGUUCCGUCUAGAUAAGUGUGGACGGUUUGCCUGGCCCGGCUUCGGCGAAAACAUUCGUGUUAUUGAUUGGGCUCUUCGUCGUUGCGACGACGAAGACUGUGCUGUGGAGAGUGCCCUUGGCUAUCUGCCGACCGUGGGAUCCCUCAACUUAUCCGGCCUCAACGUAGAUUGGGACGCGAUGUUCGCGUUACCGAAGGAAUACCUGCUUGAGGAUAUCGAAGAGACCAUACAUUUCCUGAACGAGCAAGUUGGUACUGAUCUCCCGCCGGUCAUUAAGAAAGAGUUGGACGACCAAUUACACCGCAUUCAGAAAAUGUAG